AUGGAUGUGUACUAUUCCGUUUUCCUUUUAAGUAUUUUCUGGCAAGGCUGCCAUGGAAUCAUGUGGAGUUUGGCUCCAAAUACUCAAAAAUGCUUAAAAGAAGAGUUGCAUGCAAAUGUACUUGUUGCUGGAGAGUAUGAAGUAGUGGAAGCGCCUGGACAACGAGUCGAUUAUAUCGUAAGAGAUUCGAAAGGCCACAUUCUGUCACAGAAGGACUCAAUAAACAAAGGAAAGUUCACAUUUGUAACCGAGACUUAUGACACAUUUGAAGUUUGUUUCAUAUCCAAAGUGCCACCAGAGCGUAGAGGAGUCAGUCAAGAAGUGUUUUUAAAUAUAAAAGUUGGAUUUGAAGCUAAAAACUAUGAAGGUAUUGGUGAAGCAGCAAAGUUGAAGCCAAUGGAGUUGGAACUGAAAAGGCUAGAAGAUCUGUCAGAGGCUAUUGUCCAGGACUUUACUCUAAUGAGAAAAAGGGAAGAGGAAAUGAGAGAUACUAAUGAAUCAACAAACAACCGAGUGCUGUUUUUCAGUAUAUUCUCCAUGGUAUGCCUUCUUGGUCUGGCCACGUGGCAAGUUCUGUACUUACGUCGUUAUUUCAAAGCCAAGAAGCUAAUUGAAUAA